CCGAUGCCGAAAAUUUCUUACAAAGACUUGCACGAAGAUUUAUUUUACCAAGACAUUCUCGAGAACUAAUAGUAAGAUAUCCUCAAGCCCCCCGUGCCACCGCCCGUGUUACUAUUAGAUCCACCUUACCGGGAACCACAAUUAUUGAAACUGCAAAAAUACCAUUAGCGACCUUUGUUCCUGCCACUACAGUAAAUAAAAUUUUAAUAACUCCAACAAUAUCUCAGACUACGUCUUCUAGUCCUACUGAUGACCCAAGUCAAAAUCCUAGUAAUGAUACUACUUCCAAUACUAAUUUUGCCCCACCAAUUUCUCAAAACACUAGUGGUGAUAAUUCAACAACGACUAAAUAUGUAAUAAUUGGUGUUUCAGUAGCCGUCGGAAUUAUUUUAAUUGUUUCAUUAUUGUUUAUAAUUAGAAAAUUACGUUCAAAUUCACGUCUUAAACAUAAAAACGUUAAUAGUGGAAAUUCAAGAGGUUUUGAUACAGGAAAUACAGGAAAUACAGGAAUUGGAAAUGCUUUAAGAAAUAUUAAUCAUUCAUCUCAACAAGGGAUGUCGAGUUACAAAGAUGCUUCAAUUCAAAGUUAUGAUGCUACAUAUGGAAGUGGUUUAUAUUCAACAAGAAGUCCUUAUCCAGUAGCAAGUGAUUAUUCUGGUCGUUCGGGUGGUUCUUCCCCCGUAGAUAGUAAUUACUAUGGUUAUAAUGGAAAUACCUUUCAAGGUUAUAAUUAUAAUGGAAAUACCCUCCAAGAUCCAAAUUUUGUUACUCCUAAUUUCUUACCAGCUGGAGGUAUGGAUCGUCGAAUUAUCAGAGAUAAUGUAAUGGAAAUUGCAAAUGAUGAAAAUAGUACUCAAGAAAAUUUAAGAAAUUAUAAUACUUUAUCAAUGCCUAGCGAAAGAGAAAGUGAACAAGAAUCAUUACGAUUAUCACUUAUAAAUGACAAUUCUAGAAAUUCUAUAAUGUCUUCUCCGGGUGAUAACAAAAGUCAAACAAGCCAAAGACCUAUAUAUUUCUAA